AAACUAGUGAAGAAUUCCGUCCAACAUUGCAAUUUAAUCAAGUCAAUGCUGAAUUAGCACCAAAAAGUGUAGGAGAUACAGGAUUUAAACAAUUUUUGGAUACAUAUGAUUAUUCUUGUGAUGCAUCUCUUUUUCCUGAUGAUCAUUAUUUGAUAGAAGUAUUAUUUGUUCGUGUAAAAAUAUCUUGUGAUACCCCUGUGGAAAUUCUUUACUAUUUUAGCCAAAAAUCAGGAAAUUAUGAUAUAUGUUAUUAUUGUGGUAUAGAAAAUGAUUUAAUUAGUCUGCCUAGUAUACUAACAGAUAAAUUUAAAAUAAUAUAUCCAUUAUGUCAAGGGUGUCAAGAUAGAGGUAAAAAAUUCAAUACUCGUUUAGAAGUUAAAGUAAAUAAUAGUAAACGAAGAAAAGUAGGUUAA